UACUAUAAUUGGACACCCUCUCGACACAAGGAAAGAAGAGCAAGGGGGAGAGAGGAGAAGCAAGAUUUAGAAAACACUUGACUUUUGAAAGAAAUAUAAGAAGAGAGAUUGAAGAGGAGAACGUGAAGAACAAAUGGCCGGGAUUACAGAGAUUACGGAGCAGCGGGUUUCAAUUCCAUUGUGGGUCUCAGCUAAAGGCGAAAUCGAUAUUAAUAGCACUGAUCCUGUGAAUCGAGUGUUGUGUCAGAUUCAGAAAAGAAUUGUCAGAUACUCUGAUUGGUUCGGGGAAUGUUGGGGGCAAAUAUAUGUCAAUACUGUGUCUCCAAAUGAUCACAAACCAAUAUUGGUUAGUAUUGGUCCAAAUCACUGGGACACAAUCAAGCCAGACAUAAUGGAGGUGCAUAAGCUCAAGUACUUGAAAGAUUAUGUUGAACGUAAAAAGAUUGAUGUGGAGCAACUUGUGUGGAACAAUCUCCAGGGUUUCAAACAAAUAGCAUUCUUAGAUAGGGAACUCAAAGGUUGGAGAGACCGCGAUGAUGUGUUUGUGGAAAUGUGCAUUCUUGAUGGUUGCUUCAUCAUUGAGUUGUUUAUGAAGAAUUACACCCAGCGGGAAGGACUAUUGAACGACCCUCUUUUUAAGUCAGGAUGGGUUUUGAAUGCCUUAAGUCGAGACUUGAUUCUACCCAACAACCAACUGCCCUUCGAGGUCCUCGAUAUCUUGUGCAAACGAGACUUCAAGUUGAUGGCCUCGAGGUUUCUAGAAUAUAUUGUUCCAAACCAGAAACUAAACCACACAUCUCUCCACCUUGAGCAUGUGAAAACGAAUCUUCUAAGCAUAGUAUAUGACGGUUUGAAUUGGCCAGGUAUGUCCUCAGGACAUUAUUAUAAUUCCAAUAUUGAUGGGGAUGAUAAAUGGAACAUGGUGAAAUCCGUGAAAUCUGCAACUGAGCUUGAAGAGUUUGGAGUCGAGUUCAAAAUGAUCAAGACACCCAAUUUCAAUAUUGACAUAAAUUUUACGAAAAAGGGGGUAUUGGAAAUCCCACGCUUACGCAUUCGAUAUGGCACACCAUAUUCUAUCAAGGUAUUGCUUGCAUAUGAGCAGAGUCGUCAUCAGUACAAAUACCUGAACAACUACCUAUGGUUCAUGAACAGCUUGGUGAAAUCCCCUCGUGAUGUUCGAUUACUUCGCCAUAAAAAGAUCAUUGACAACCUAUCGGAGCUACCUGAUGAUGCCGCCAUUCACAAGUUUCUGAAAGAUUUAUACGCGUCUCUGAUGAUCUCUCCUGCUAACUUCAACUACAUCCAAGUUUGCAAGGAUCUGAAUUCGCAUUGCAAACAUCGACGAAACUCUUGGGUGGCAAAAUUGAAGAGGGAUUACUUCAACAGCCCCUGGGCAUUUGUCUCCUUCUUUGCUGCUUCCCUGUUACUUAUUCUCACUGUUGUGCAAACUGUAUUUUCUGUUGCCUCAUACUACGAAGGCUACAAACGUGACUAGCUAAAGUGUGUGGGAGCAAUCUCCCAAGUGAGGGGAGUUCCUUGUGCGCAAUGAGUAUUGGUUUAAUCUCUGUUGCUCGGUUAGGUCACCAUGAUUUAUAUCCCUCCAUGUUCCUGUCGGGCCGAGGUGUGGGAGGCGUCUGGAAUGAGCGAUUUCACCUUUUGGAAUAAUGACUAGCUAAGCUAAUAUAAAUAAUUGAAGUGCUAUUCACUUCAUGGGAUAUGUAUGUUAAAAUUUACGUAAUUAUCUUAUUAGAAUAUAAAUUUAUAUAAUUUUUUUUAUAU